CAUGCAGAACAAAAGUGAAUGAGAGACCUUGCUGAGUUGCAGGUCACUUUUCAGCGAGAACUAUAGAGGAGUAUACCUAAGCAUUAGGGAGCUUAGCCUCCAUGCUCACCUCACUGAGGUGCGGGCCAGGGACUCCACACCAUGGGAAGCUGGGACCAUCCUCUACGGAGACCGCUCUGCCCGCCUUUCGCCUUCACCCAGUGUUGUAAGGCAAGUUGACUGACUUACUGGAGCUCAAACGACUACAUAUACAACCAUCUCCUCCUCCCUCCUCACCUUUCUUGUUCUGCUCUUCUCUCCUCUUUCUCCUCCCUCAUCUACACCUUAUUGCUUCUUGAUACCCCAUCCCCAAAACUCUUCCGCCUGUUUCCUCUCCCUCACUCUCCCCCACACAUAUCCGCUCGCUAUCGGCUCUGCUCUGCUCUCACCGACCGUCUCUUAACGAACCCAUUGUCCACGUUUUUCUACCGCAAAGAGCUCAGUCAACAUGUGUGGUAUUUUCGGAUACAUCAACUACCUGGUGGAGAAGGACCGCAAGUUCAUUCUCGACACUCUUGUCAACGGUCAGUUAUUGCUUAUCCCAUGCUCAUGUUCACAAGCAUAAUCAUAAUCAUGGGCUGCGCCCAUGUUUUCCCCCUCCUCAGCUGCCCCUCAUCACCCCUUUCAUCAGCCAUGCCCCGCCCCGCCAUGCACUGGUGAGACGCGGGAUCAGCGCCCAGAUUCGUGUUGCUGACACAGCCUUUUGCAAACAGGUCUGUCCCGUCUCGAGUACCGUGGAUAUGACUCUGCUGGUCUAGCCAUCGACGGCGACAAGAAGAAGGAGGUUCUCGCUUUCAAGGAGGUUGGCAAGGUCGCCAAGCUCCGAAAGCUCAUUGACGAGUCCGACCUCGACCUCGAGAAGAUCUUUGAUUCACAUGCCGGUAUUGCCCACACCCGAUGGGCUACUCACGGUCCUCCUUCCACCACCAACUGCCACCCUCACCGAUCUGACGUCAACUGGGAGUUCACCGUUGUCCACAAUGGUAUCAUCACCAACUACAAGGAGUUGAAGACUCUUCUCCAGGCCAAGGGUUUCAAGUUCGAGACUGAGACCGACACUGAGUGCAUUGCAAAGCUCACCAAGUACAUCCACGACCAGCACCCCUCCAUUGGCUUCACCGACCUUGCCAAGGCCGUUAUCCAGGAGCUCGAGGGUGCUUAUGGUCUUCUCAUCAAGUCCGUCCACUACCCCCAUGAGGUUAUCGCCGCCCGAAAGGGUUCUCCUCUCGUCAUCGGUGUCAAGACCGAGCGUCGCAUGAAGGUCGACUUUGUCGAUGUUGAAUACUCUGACGAGAACGCUGCCCUCCCCGCCGAGGCUGCUUCCCAGAAUGUUGCCAUCAAGAAGAACGACCUUCUUGCUCCCGACACUGGCCUUCUCGGUGCCGCCGACAAGUCUCUCCUCCACCGAUCUCAGUCUCGUGCUUUCAUGACUGAUGAUGGCAUGCCCAUGCCCACUGAGUUCUUCCUCUCCUCUGACCCUUCGGCCAUUGUCGAGCACACCAAGAAGGUCAUGUACCUCGAGGAUGAUGACAUUGCCCACAUUCACGAGGGCUCCCUCAACAUCCACCGCCUCAAGAAGGCCGAUGGCAGCUCCAACGUCCGAACCAUCCAGACCCUUGAGCUCGAGCUCCAGGAGAUCAUGAAGGGCAAGUUCGACCACUUCAUGCAGAAGGAGAUUUUCGAGCAGCCCGAGUCCGUCGUCAACACCAUGCGUGGUCGUCUCGACAUUGCCAACAAGACCGUCACCCUUGGCGGUCUCCGCUCUUACAUCUCCACCAUUCGCCGAUGCCGCCGCAUCAUCUUCAUUGCUUGCGGUACUUCUUACCACUCUUGCAUGGCUGUCCGUGGUGUCUUUGAGGAGCUUGCUGAGAUCCCCAUCGCCGUUGAGCUGGCUUCCGAUUUCCUCGACCGACAGGCCCCUGUCUUCCGUGACGACACCUGCGUCUUCGUCUCUCAGUCUGGUGAGACUGCCGACUCCCUCAUGGCUCUCCGCUACUGCUUGGAGCGUGGUGCCCUGACUGUCGGUAUUGUUAACGUUGUCGGCUCCUCCAUCUCUCUCCUUACCCACUGUGGUGUCCACAUCAACGCCGGCCCCGAGAUCGGUGUCGCCUCCACCAAGGCCUACACCUCUCAGUUCAUUGCCAUGGUCAUGUUUGCUCUGUCUCUGAGCGAGGACCGUGCUUCCAAGAAGGCUCGCCGCGAGGAGAUCAUGGAGGGUCUUUCCAACGUCUCUGCCCAGAUCAAGUCCAUCCUCGAGCUUGACUCCUCCAUCAAGAAGCUUUGCGAGAACUUCAAGAACCAGAAGUCUCUCCUCCUUCUCGGCCGUGGCAGCCAGUUCUCCACUGCUCUUGAGGGUGCCCUCAAGAUUAAGGAAAUCUCCUACCUUCACUGCGAAGCCGUCAUGUCCGGUGAGCUGAAGCACGGUGUCCUGGCUCUGGUCGACGAGAACCUCCCCAUUAUCAUGAUUCUCACCCGUGACGACCUAUUCAAGAAGUCACUCAACGCCUAUCAGCAGGUUAUUGCUCGCGGUGGUAAGCCCAUCGUUAUCUGCAACCCCUCUGAUGAGGAGUUCAAGUCUUCUGAAGCCGAGAAGAUCGAGAUCCCCAAGACGGUCGACGUUCUCCAGGGUCUCCUCAACGUUAUCCCUCUCCAGCUCAUUGCCUACUGGCUUGCCGUUCUUGAGGGUCUCAACGUUGAUUUCCCUCGUAACCUGGCCAAGUCGGUCACUGUCGAGUAAGCUCGUUACUGUGUUUUGACUGAUGGUCGAUGUACAGUAUGAGUUUGGCGGCUGCUUGGGUUCCUCUUUGCUACUUGCAAGAGGCUUAUGAUGAAAUUUGGAGUUGGGUUUUGGACUGCACUGGCUUGCAAUGAACAUGUUGGUCAAGCAUUUUGUGUUUUGUCUACCAGGAUAGCAUGGAACGAAGUGUUUGGCAAAAAUAAAUGAAUAAAUGGGAGGCCAGGGACCAGGCUGGUCGUGGUCAGUAUUAGAUGGUAACCCUCGAGAAGAGGCUGAAUAGGCACGUUGGCUUAUUUACGAUACAUUAGUUCUAGGCAACGUAAUCACGAAUAUCAAGUCUUACAAAUUGACAAUAAAUUUGGUAUCUAA